CUUCUAAAGGCGCUGAAACAGAAGCUUCACGAGAAGGAGGAGGUGCUGCUGGGAAAAACCCAGGUGAUUGAUGUUCUGCAGGGAGAGGUGGACAGCAGAGAUCAGGACAUAAAGGUCAGUGCAGAGCUCCUGUCAAAAACCAUCCUCAGACCUUUAAGUCAUCUGGUCUUUCCUCCCACACCUCUGAUCCUUAUGACUCAACAGUGA